UCCUGGGGCAGGCGUGUGACCGCGUGCCCGGCGACAGUCAGAGUAUGGAGAGCUUCUCGCUCCUCAGCAUCUCGGGGCCCCGGGUCUCCUCCUCGGCCCUGAGCACCUUUCCUGACCUCAUGUCCCCACGAGGUCCCAGCUUGCCAGACAUUGCCAAGACCGCGUUCCCCCCGGAGGCACCCAGCCCAGCGCAGGCCCCGCUGCCCCAGCACCCAAGCAGCGCUCUGCGGCAAGGGGUGGUGCUCUCGCCAGGUGAGCCCCUGGGACGGGCGCCAGACUGCAUGCUGGGGGACCCCCAGAAUGGGGAGCAGCCGAGGCGGAGCUGCACCAUCUACCGGCCGUGGUUCUCCCCUUACAGCUACUUCGUGUGCGUGGACAAGGAGAGCCCCCGGGAGGCCCACGGCUUCCCCGAGCUGCCGCGGGACGAGGGCCGGGGCGACAGCUGCCUCCCCGAGGACGCGGCCGACAGCCUGCGCUCGUCCUCUUCCUCCCCCGACAACCCCAGCCCCCGCGAGGCCAAGGCCCGGCACGGGGACGCCGACCACAUCAGCUCCCAGGACAUCCUGAGGGCCUCCCGGGGGCUGCCGGCCCAGCACAACGGCUUCAAGUGCGCGGCCUGCUGCCGCAUGUACCCCACCCUGUGCUCCCUCAAGAGCCACAUCAAGUGCGGCUUCAGGGAGGGCUUCAGCUGCCGCGUCUUCUACAGCAAGCUCAAGGCGCUCUGGGCCCGGCCCGCAGACAGGCUGCCGUUGGGCGGCGGCCAGGCCCGCAAGUAGCCGGGCGGCCCGGCCCGCAGCAGAGCCGCAUUGCUCUCCAGGGAGAGGCCAAUAAACCCGUUAGCACAGCUCC